UGGAUGUCAUAACAUGUUCCAGCAGGUUAUAAUGUAAAGGCAGGUAUGACUGAAAAUUCAAUUUAAAGUUUCAAAUCUCAGAAUGUUGUGGUUUGUCGUGCUUUCUGUUGGUGCAGGUGUAUCUCAAUGAAUUCUCGUUUCAUAUUCAGCAUGCUUCAGGCAUUCGAACCUCCACUAGAUAUGAGCCAGGACGUAGAAUUUAGUGAAGAUCCACAUCCUGAAUUGGCUCAAAAAGAUCAUUUAGAUUCUGAAGGGAUUAAUGCCUAUUCAUGUGAGUCAGCCCCUCUGAGAAUAACAUGUUCUGUAGCUGAUCAACAUGGUUGUGUGGAAGGUAGCAAUCAUGCAUGCAGAUCACAUGCACUGGCACAUCCCAAUGAGGAGGUGGAUGUUGAGAGUUGCCACCAGUCAAAUACUGGGAGCCAUUCUCCAAGCUUGAUACAUACUAAAGAGACUAGUGAAUGUUUUGGAGGUCCUAUUUCUGGUUCCAAUGGCAAUGUGCCGGACGCCUCAUCACAGCAACAAUGGCUGGAUCCAUCUCUUCAAUUGAAUGUUCCAUUAGUUGAUGUAGAUAAGGUAUAUUUAUGUUUCCAGCGUCAUUCUUUUCAAUUGUUACUUGUUCCAAUGCAGGAUAAUGAAAGGGUUUGGGUUUUAAAGGGUAGAGGUUUUCUUGGAUCAAUCAAUAGUACAACAUAG